AUGGGAUUCAGAUUCUCUAAUUUCUAUGGUGACCCCUUUGCCAUUGCUACGAUAUCUUUUGGUAUCAUUGCUUGGGUUGUAGCUAUUGCUGGGGCUUUUUCAUCGCCAUCAAAAACAUUUCCACACUUUAGUUGGUGGGGUCUCUUUUAUCAGUUGUUUCUUCAUUUACUCAUUUUCACGCUUUAUGCAUGCAAUUUGAUUGAAUUAUACAAAUUCACCAUCGUUGGGCUCUUGUCGAUUGCCUUUGUUUAUACUUCAAACUCAGCAAACACAUUGAUUUACAAUACCAAACUCCCUGGUAACUUAUGUUGUGCUGCUGGAUGCAUUCUUUUGUCUAUCCUUAACUUUAUCUGGAUUCUUUAUUUUGGAGGUCAUCCCGAGUCUCCUACAAACCAGUUUAUUGAUUCCUUUUCAUUGAAAAGUACUCAUUCACAUGGCCAACUUGCAUUAAACGACCCUAAUGCAUACGACAGGAAUCAUGAUUCACGCCAUAUAUCUACAGGUGUCUCAAGCACUGUUCAACAAGGAAUGACUGGUCCAAGUGCCUAUGCUAGCCAACAGUAUCAAGAUACUCAAGCUAUGAGACAAUCAAACAAGGCUAACCCUAACAUGCCUUAUAUGUCGUCAACCCACUUGAAUGGAUUGGAAAACUUUUCUCAAUCUGAUGUUCGUGAUUUAACUCAUGGGAACCACCAUUCUAUACGUACAGGUACCGCAGCAGCAAGUGGAAUAAAUGGACAAAAUACCACUGGAUCCAAUACAAAUAAUACUGGAACUUUAACUAGUGGAGCUGGUAUUGGUGAUAAUGGUUUGUACAACGAUGUUAAUUCACUGGGAAUGGGUACAACUUUCAGAUACCGUGCUAAAGCAUUAUACACUUAUGAAGCCAACCCUGAUGAUAUCAACGAAUUAUCUUUCACCAAGGGUGAAAUAUUAGAAGUUGAUGAUAUUGAUGGUAAGUGGUGGCAAGCUAGAAGAGCUAACGGACAAGUUGGUAUCUGUCCUUCAAAUUACGUUAAGUUGUUAGAUUAA